AAUACGUGACAGCCCCAUACCGUUCGCUAUGUACCGUCCACGUAUGUGGUAAAGAAUAUCGAACCGAACACAUCGCCGCAACUCGCGAUUCGGCGUUCUUCGCAGACGACAGAAGACCACUAAGAUGGCAGCCUCCAUUUAACCGCAGACGACGCUCGAUUCGUGGGACGCCAUGAGCAUCCGGACGGAUUCCCCGCGGAGUUGGCUCGUAGCCAUCGGUUGCUGUUGGAUCAACCUCUUUUCCGCCAUCGCUUACAAGUCCAGCGGAGUCAUCUACGUGGGAGUUCUGCAGACUUUCGACGUCUCACGCGAAGAAGCAUCAUGGCCGCUCACGCUUCUUGCUGUUUUCAUCUUUGCUACAGGUCCUCUCGCGGGAAUUCUAGCCCUCUACUUCAGUAUCUGGCAAAUAUCGCUCUGUGGCUGUCUACUGUCUUCCAUCGCCGUCUGUGCGUGCUUUUACGCAACGGGCACAACAUACCUGAUGCUUUGUCUGGGAGCCCUGCAAGGUGUCGGACUCGGCUUGCUGACGCUUCACAACGUCAUUAUCAAUCAGCACUUCAGAAAACACCGCGCAACUGCAUCGGGCAUCAGCUACGCCGGGCCGACUCUGGCGUCUCUGCUGUUCCCACCCUUGGUCCAAGUCCUCUUUAACCAUUUUGGACUUCGAGGCGCGCUCCUGCUCUUUGGUGCAAUCAUGCUCAAUUCUGUUGUCGGCGCAUUCUUGCAAAGACCACCCAGUGCACUACGAAAUGCAAGAAGCUCGUGUAAUCGCUACCGGGUUGUCGCAUCUAGUCGCGGUGAUGAACCACUGAACAAAAAUGAUGUGAGUGUGAGUUUUUCCAACGGGCGCGUUCAAAACGGCGAUGUGAAGGUAGUGUACGAGACCUUGAAGGAUACAGAGAAGACAAAACUCGAUGAGAAUGGAGAGGCGGAUGUGUUCUUGAACAGUGGACAAGAACAGAAGGUGUCCAAGACAAAAGACAUAGCCGCACUUCAAGAUAGCUUGACCUUCUUCAAGAAUCCAAUGUUUUACGUCGUGUCUCUCUCAUUCGCUGUGAUAUUAUUUAACUUAACGACGUACCUCACAGUGGUCGUGGACUUCGCGGUAGAUCACAACGUUCCUCACUUUAGAGCGGUGCUACUGAUCUCAUCGUAUUCGAUAGCGGAUCUAGCGGCCAGGUUGGGAUCCGGUUGGCUUUCGGACCGGGGAUUCGUCAGCAGGGGAAACAUGAUGGCUAUUCAUUUCCUAAUGGGAGGAAUUGUCAUGUUUGGCAUGCCGUUCCUCACCAGUUACCCCGGCCAAGUGGCGCUUUCGGUGUUUUCUGGAUGGGCCAAUGGUUGUAAUAUGAUCUUGGUUUCUGUGCUGCUGACCGAGCACGUUGGACUGGACCAGCUACCGGUGAGCUUCGGUGCAACGUCCCUGGUGGCUGGAUUGCUGUGUCUGGCAAGGCCGCCUCUAAUCGGUUAUUUCCGGGACACGACUGGCGAUUAUGAAGGCCUCUUCCGACUUAUCGGCGGUGUGAGCGUCGUCCUCUCCGGAGUGUGGUUCGGAGCAGCCGCGAUUCUCAAGUGCAACGCCACGAAAAAACAACAGAGUCAACCUUGACGCCUGUGUGCGUUACGUCCAUAUUGUGACAUACUAGCUCCGUCCGGCAGGACUGUUCCUGGUUCUCCAUGCGUUGUAAUGCGCCUGCCUUUUUUUCUUCUCUUGUUUCGCGGCCAAGUUGCUCACAAAAAUCAAAAGAUGGUCCAUGGAGACCGCGUUUUUAAUGGUUUUAUCUUGCCGAAUAUUUUGAACCGGUCACAAAUCGUCUAAUACGCAUGAAUUCGGCAUUAUUGGAGGGGCCGUCACAGCAUCCUACUAUGAUUGGCUACUUCGUAGUGAUCCAGAAGGUGCUGACGAAUUAGUACUUUACGCAAAUGAGCCCACGGACACUGUGUUGUGUACCUCAUCAAUGUUGUGCCAAACGAAGAAGAUGCCUUCAAGCCACAGGAUGUGUAUCGUGUGUGUGCGCGCUUUGGUAACACGUACAUCACGUUCCUGUCUGCGAAGUUCCUGCGGAAAGACGAUCCAAUUUUUGUCCGGAUAAACGAAUACGGUUUACCCGUUUUGGAGAUAAAGAUGCAAACAUUCCCAAGCAGCACAACAUCUUGGCUCAAUAUUGGACCAAUAUUGGCAAUACUGGCCCGAUAGUGGUCCAAUCUUGGUCUAAUAUUGGCAAUACUGGCCCGAUAGUGGUCCAAUCUUGGCCCUAUAUUGGACCAAUGUUGGCAAUACUGUCCCGAUAGUGGUCCAAUCUUGGCCCUAUAUUGGACCAAUAUUGGGAAUACUAGCCCGAUAGUGGUCCAAUCUUGGCCCAAUAUUGGACCACUGUUGGCAAUACUACCCGGUAUUGGUCCAAACUUGGUCCAAUACUGAGCCAACAUUGCCAAUAUUGGUCUCAUAUUGGGCCAAGAUGUUGUGCUGCUUGGAUUGGGAUCCUGGCUGUACGUUCCACAACGUCCAGAAUCGCUUGCAUUGACUCAAAACGUGCUUCCAUUUCACUGCCGUCUUUAUUUUCUAUUGCCGCAACAUGAUAUCACAGUCGUAGGAGAGCUGUUUUCUCCCUGUGAUGUGUGUGUGUUGGAAGUAUAACGUUUUUGAGCACUGCUGUGUUUGUUUUUAUACAUUGGCUUAUAAUGUGAUUGCAUAACGAUCUCGUGUGUUGUUGUUCAAUAACAGUUUGACAAAAGCAA